AGGUUUUAAUUAUUUGCGGGCAAGCAAAGCUCAUGUCUCGAGUUCUCGAUCACGCAUAUGCUUUUUCUCCUCUGCAUAGCUUUCAGACUGUGAGGUGGGAACGUGAAGGUGGUGACUGCGAAUUAAGGGGCAGGAGAGGAAGCAAGGACCCGUCCUUACGGUUGACAAAAUUUCGGGAUUGAACUUCUUUUUGCUUCCUUCUUUUACCUUCUCCCAUUCAGUAGGGCAAACUCCAGAAUAGAGGCUGAGAUGCGUUGCCUCAGACCCGGGGUGCUCUAGUGGUGUGUAAAAAUGAAAGGGCGCCAUCUUUUUAGGGUUUCCCUGUGAUUCUUGCGACUUUACCUUUCCUGGCCUUCUUUCUCAUGACUUCUUUUUCCUCCUCUCUCUCUCUGGUCUUAUAAGGGUGGUGGUUAAUUUGGUUUUAUCAUCUUAACUUCAAUCUCCUAUCUCUUGCCAGGCUCUUUCCUUCUCUCCCUACUGUUGAUGGGGGUGGAUAGAAGCAAAAAAAAAAAAAAUCAAAAGUGCUUGAAAAGUUCUAGCCUUAGCUAUUUAUAGCUGUACCUUCCUCUAUAGGAAGUUUGGAUCCAUUGUUGUUGACCAGAUCUGACCAGCCCCAUUUCACUUUCGCAGCUCUUAGCUAAUCCAGACGUCGCAUCGCCCGAAAUUUCUUCCACUUUUGGUCUUCUCGGGUUUCUUAGGCAUGGAAAAUGGUCUUUUAAAAUCCACCGUUCUCAUUCCAUGCGCAUUUUCAUUCAGAAAAGCAGACGAUAACUUGGUUGAAAUAUGACAGCUUGUGCUGCGUCAGAAGGGUGGGAACAUAACCUUAUGCACUAUCUCAAUUGGAAUUUUGAUGGAGAAGAUGCCAUCCGCAGUUGCAGUGCCAUUAAGAAUAGGUAAUUCAAUCUGUGAAAGCUCGACCACAGCUACCCACGCGGACGUGUCCAGACUUAAGCUGAUGACAGAUGCGGAGUCGUUAGUUAAUUCUAUAAGUAAGGUUUCCACCGAUACCGUUGCGGAUUCUGAUGAGGAUCUUAAUGGUGGCAAUCGGGGAGAUGAAAUUAGUAUCACAGCAGUCACACCACCUAAACAGGAUACAGGAAGAGAGUCUCCUCUAUCAGACAUGAUAUCCCAAAAUAAAACCACCCUGGUUGCUGGAGCCCAAUUAUUAACACCAGAAAUUCAGGUGGAAGAUGGUUUCUUAUCAUUGGCAGUCGAUCAGAUUCUUGACUGCCCUUGUUCAAUUUCAGUGGCCAGUAAGAACAGUUGCUUAUUGGGACAGGAGUUGGUCGGCUUUAAUACGACACCCGGGGCUGCUGAUUUGGGAGAAGACGUUGAGGCAGAGAUUGUGAGUGAGCACCUUGCUAUGGCAGUGAGCAUUGAUGAAGAGACUGGAAUUGGAUCUGGCCCUCAGCCUUCUGCAGUUGUUCUUGAGCUGCCUCCUGAAAAGAAGGUGAGCGGAGCCGUUGCUCGCAGUGUUUUUGAAUUGGAUUAUGCUCCGCUAUGGGGAUAUGUAUCUAUGUGUGGAAGAAGACCUGAGAUGGAAGAUGCAGUUGCAACUAUACCUCGAUUUUUGAAGAUUCCUAUUCAAAUGCUGAUUGGGGAUCGGGUGCUUGAUGGAAUGAACAAGUGUUGGAGUCAGCAGACGAUUCAUUUUUGUGGAGUCUAUGAUGGUCAUGGUGGCUCUCAGGUAGCAAAUUAUUGUCGCGACCGCAUUCAUUUGGCUUUGGCUGAGGAAAUAGAAUUUGUGAAGGAUGGUCUAAUUAGUGGAAGUAUCAAGCCCGAUUGUCAAAAUCAGUGGGAGAAAGCUUUCGCCAAUUGCUUUCUAAAGGUUGACGCUGAAGUUGGAGGGAACACAAAUUUUGGGGUUAUUGCCCCAGAGACAGUUGGUUCCACUGCCGUUGUUGCUAUCAUUUGUUCAUCUCAUAUCAUAGUUGCAAAUUGUGGAGAUUCAAGAGCAGUUUUGUGUCGAGGCAAAGAACCCAUGGCAUUGUCGGUGGAUCAUAAACCAAAUCGGGAUGAUGAAUACGCGAGAAUUGAGGCAACUGGGGGCAAGGUGAUCCAAUGGAAUGGUCACCGUGUAUUUGGUGUUCUUGCCAUGUCAAGGUCUAUUGGUGAUAGAUACUUGAAGCCGUGGAUUAUCCCAGAGCCAGAGGUUACUUUUAUUCCACGGGCAAAAGAUGAUGAAUGCCUCAUUCUGGCCAGUGAUGGUCUUUGGGACGUCAUGACCAAUGAAGAGGCAUGUGACCUAGCACAGAGACGAAUACUUCUCUGGCACAAGAAAAAUGGCGUUCCAUUACCCCAAGAAAGGGGAGAGGGAAUUGACCCUGCUGCACAAGCAGCUGCUGAAUACCUUUCAAACCGUGCUCUUCAGAAAGGAAGCAAAGAUAAUACUACUGUGAUCGUGGUGGAUUUGAAAGCUCACAGAAAAUUUAAAAGCAAGACAUAAUGGUAUUAAUGGCUUCUUCAAGCGUUCUAGGUUGCUGUGAUUGUACAAUAGAAAAUUUACUAUAAUCUGCCCAUCAAUUUUUCAUUUGGGCAUCUAACACUCUGUACCAUAAUACAUCCAUCUUCCUCUAAAACUCUCGACUGGUUAGGAGUCUCCUUAUACACUGAGAUCUAUGUGUUUGACAUCUGUCAUCAAAUUGUACUCAUUAUUGUGCCGCGGAGUACACUGGCUGAGUAAGUGGGAGCUGAGUCCAGACUCCAGAAGAUGAUGUUGGUAAUGAAUUGAUGUCGCUGGCAAUGGUGAUGCAGUGGUUGUCCUGCAGCAAUUGGUGGGGGACAAUGAAAACAAAGGUGCCUAAGGAGAACCUCAGCUCCCUUUUUCUUUUGCGCUAGUAAUGGUAUCAUCUGUACAGAUCGUGGUUUCCACUGAAGUAUGUGAUUGUAAACAGGAAACUGGCUUUGUGUAAUCUGGAUACUACUGUUACAUUCUAGAAAAUUAUCAAUUUGCCAUGGAAGCAGAUUAUCUUA